GUCGAAGUCGAUGCUGGUCUUCUCGCAGCAUUCGACAACUCUCCCGUGGAGCCGGAAGCGUAUUCAUCUAAUCUCCCAUCCCAUCUUUUAGAUCUCACCCUCACUUCAACCCAUCAUCUCAUAUCUACCCUCUUUCAACUACCCACUACGUCAACCGCCUCGGGAUUGAUGGUUCAAUUGCCCGCUGCGAAGACACUUUUACCCAGGGAGAAACCUCUGCCAAAACCAAAACCAUUGACAAAAUGGGAGAGGUUUGCUAAAGAGAAGGGUAUCAGUCAUAAGCAACGUGAUCGGAUGGUAUUCGAUGAUGAGAGACAGGAAUGGGUAAAGAGGUGGGGACGAGGAGGUAAGAAUAAGGAAGUGGAGGAACAGUGGAUACAUGAGGUCAAAGCUGGUGAAGACCCCGAUCACGAUCCCGCCGCUUCAGCUAAGAAAGCUCGUAAAGAGCGUGUGGCAAAGAACGAAGCACAACAUAAAGCCAAUCUCGCUCAUGCUACCGCCCCGACUUCCACACGGUCUAUCUCUGCUCAAAACUCUGAGAAUCGAUCGAAACGCAAAGUCGAACUUGAACGAUCUAUGCUGUUGACAAAAACUUCCACUGCGAGUCUAGGCAAGUUUGACAAGAAGAUCGAAGGUGAGCCCAAGACAAAGGGGGUCAAGCGCAAAUUCGAACCGAAUGUCGGAGAAGAUUGGGAAGGUGAAAAGGGUCGAGCGAUGGAUGUGUUGAAGGGGUUGGAUGGGAAGAAAAAGAGGGAGGGCAAGGGAGAGGGAGAGAUUAAUGUUAGGAAAGCUGUGAGGUUC